UCCAUGAUUGCAACCAUGUUUCGCUUACCCAUCAUCCUAUUCCUAACAACAACAUGUCUCUUCACUAUUGCAGUAGUCUCUGAAAAAUGCAACCCAGAGGACAAGAAAGCCCUUCUCCAAAUAAAGGAAGAGCUAGGCAACCCAACAUCUCUAUCCUCAUGGAACGCAACCACAGAUUGCUGCGACCCCACGUGGCAAGGUGUGGGCUGCGACACAGACAACAAAACCUACCGUGUCAACGACCUCUCCCUCUCCCAACUCUCCCUCACCAAACCUUACCCUAUUCCUCUCUCCAUAGUAAACCUCCCUUACCUCAACUUCCUCUUCAUCUACACAAUCCCCAACCUCGUCGGUCCUAUCCCGACGGCAAUCGUUAAACUCGACAAACUCCGUUACCUCACCGUCAGCAAAACCAACGUCUCCGGCGUGAUACCUUCCGCCAUAUCCCAAAUCAAGACCCUCGUAACCAUCGACUUCUCCUACAACCACCUCUCCGGCAAAAUCCCCGCCUCGCUCUCCACUCUCCCCAACCUCGUCGGAAUCACCCUCGACGGCAACCGGCUCACCGGCUCCAUCCCGGAGUCGUUCGGGUCGCUGUCGAGCCUCUUCACGUCGCUGACGCUCUCCCGGAACAUGCUCACCGGGAAGAUUCCGGCGUCGCUGAAAAAGCUGAACCUGGCGUUUGUUGACUUGUCGAGGAACAUGCUGGAGGGUGACGCGUCGGUGUUGUUUGGGUCAGGGAAAAAUACACAGAAGAUAAUAGUUGCGAAGAACAAAUUGGCUUUUGAUUUGGGAAAAGUGGGGUUGUCGAAGAAUUUGAAUACGUUGGAUGUGAGGAACAAUCGCAUAUAUGGGAUGCUACCACAGGGUCUAACGGCGUUAAAGUUUCUGCAUAAGUUGAAUGUGAGCUAUAAUAGCCUGUGUGGUGAGAUUCCACAAGGUGGAAACUUGCAAAGAUUUGAUGUGUAUUCGUAUGUUCAUAAUAAGUGCUUGUGCGGUUCUCCCCUACCCAGUUGCAAGACUACUUAAGUCUCCUAUGGACAAAUUGUAUAUCAUAGAUAUUUUGUUUGUCCUACUACAU